AUGGCACAGGAAGAAGCACAGCCGCAGCAGCCAACAGGUCUCAGCGUGAUUGGAGGCGAAAUUUCGGUCGAUGACGGGACUAUGGAGGAUCUCAUUGAAAAGUUGAAGCUUUUGCGAUACGAAACAGCGUUUUGUCCCCUUGUCAAGCCUCCUUUCAAACCGUUGAGCAAGUACUAUUUUUCAGGACCUUCAACAAUUGACAAUCCGAACGCUCAGUUUUACUACUUUACGUCCUUGUGCUCAUGGCUAAUGGGUCUCUCUGGUCACAACUUUGAACCGCCUGGUCAAUUUGAUGAUCCUAACGCAACAUCAACAAAUAUUUUGUCUGAGCUGCGGGCAAUGAAUAUAUCAGCACCGAACCUGGCUCCGAAUCGAAUACGUCAAGGAAGUGGUGAGGCAGUUUUAACGAUUCUCUCAGUUCUCGCAGAUCAUUCUCUUUUGAAGAAGGGAUUCAGCGUCCGUGCUAUUGACUACAGCAAUGUUGAAAAGUAUGAUGAGCUAGAUGGAGUAACUGAUGGUGAUGAUGACACUGGUAUAGGAGAGGAAGUAGAAGAUAACGUGAUGAUAGAAAGUGAUGACGAGGAUGAAGUUUACGUUCGUGCCACAGGAGAUAAGUCAGCCAAAGAAGAAACAGGAAUUCCGGUGGAGUCUGGAAUAAAUGCUGAAGAAUGGAACUUGGAGGUGGAACGUGUAGGACCUCUGCUUCAGGUGAGAUCUGAGGGUAUUCAAGACUGGCGUACUCGAAUUGAGAGUGCAACAGUUUUGCUAAAGGCUGUUGAGAAAAUGUAUCCUGAGGUAAGGCAAAUGCUUCAGCGCCUGGGCGAUGACUUGGAAAAAUCCAAAGAUCGCAUCCAAAAACGUGAACAGACACUUGCUCAGCAGUUUUCGGAUCAAGUGGAAGAUUACAGGGUGAAGCUUCGUGAGCUUAAUACCUCUCAGGAUGCCGCAAACGUUGCGAAUCAAAGUGUGCAACAACUUUUGGCAGAGCUGAAUCAGGUAACAGGGUUGCUAGACCAAGUGAAGAGGGAUAUAGAGGAUCGAGAAGCAAAAAUAUCCGACACUACACCAUUGAUGCAGGUGAAAGAUGCCGUGAUGAAGGUAAGAGCAGAGAUUAAGCAGAUGUCACUGAGAAUUGGUGUUUUGCAGCAUACAGUUCUACACUACGUGAUGAAGCAAACCAAGGCAAAACGUGAGAGAUCGGGUCAUGGGCUGGGAUUAGACGACUGGGAAGAUAUGGAGUCUAUGUAG